AUGGAUGCUGUGAUUGGCCUUAUACAUGAAUUAGUUGACCCGAAAUUAGAGAUACCUGAAAAUUACUAUAAGGCAAAAAGAUUAGUGUCUAAGUUAGGACUCUUGUCGAUGAGAAUUGAUUGUUGUGAAAAUGGGUGCAUGUUAUACUAUAAAGGUGACAACGGUCUAGAAUGUUGUAAGUUUUGUGGAAGACCUCGUUUUAAGCGGACUCGUAGCGGGAAGAGGGUUGCCGUUAAGGCGAUGCAUUACUUACCUCUUACACCAAGGUUAAAGAGGUUGUAUGCAUCAAAUAGCUCCGCUCCUCAUAUGAGAUGGCACAGUGAAAAUAGAAGGCCGCCUGGUGUUAUGUGUCAUCCAUCAGACGGAGAGGCUUGGAAGCAUUUUGACGCAACAUAUCCAGACUUUGCGGGGGUUGAGACGUUUGACGUUUCUCUUAAGCAGAAUUUUAAUUUGCGGGCCACCUUAAUGUGGACUAUUAAUGAUUUUCCUGCCUACGGGAUGUUGUCCGGGUGGAUGACUGCUGGAAAGUUAGCUUGUCCUUACUGCAUGGAGAAUACUAAAUCGUUCACUUUAAAACAUGGCAGAAAAAAUUCAUGGUUUGAUUGUCACCGUCAGUUCUUGCCAAUGGAUCAUGAGUUUAGGAGUAUGAAAAAUGCAUUUAGGAAGAACACAAUUGAACAAAACUAUCCACCUCCAAGACUUUCAGGAGAGGAAAUUUGGGAGAGGGUUGAGAACCUUCCAAAAGUUACUGAAGAACCACCGUACAAGUUCGAUGGGUAUGGGGUUUCGCAUAACUGGACCAAACAGAGCAUAUUUUGGGAGUUACCAUAUUGGAAGGAUAAUCUUCUCCGGCAUAAUCUUGAUGUCAUGCACAUUGAAAAAAAUUACUUUGACAAUUUGUUCAACACAGUGAUGGAUGUCAAGGGCAAGACAAAAGAUAAUCCAAAGGCUAGAUUGGACGUACAGGAAUAUUGUAGGCGUAGAGAGUUAUGGUUGCAGGACAAACGGAACGGGGUCUUCAAGCCUAAGGCUAGUUAUUCAUUCACAAUGGAUCAGAAGAGAAAGAUUUGUGAAUGGGUUGAGAACUUGAAGAUGCCUGAUGGGUAUGCAUCAAAUUUGGAAAAACGUGUUGAUAUGGCGCAAGGAAGGUUACAUGGGAUGAAAAGCCAUGAUUGUCAUGUGUUCAUGGAAACUUUACUCCCUAUUGCAUUUAGUGGCUUGCCUACCCGAAUUUGGAAGCCUAUGACAGAAAUUAGUUUGUUCUUCAAAGACUUGUGUUCCAGCACGUUGAGGGUAGACAACUUGGAACGGAUGCACCUGAAUAUUCCUGUAAUAACAAGUAAGUUGGAGAAAAUUCUUCCCCCGGGGUUCUUCGAUGUGAUGGAACAUCUUCCAAUUCACCUUGCGGAGGAAGCCCAACUCGGAGGCCCCGUUCAUUGUCGUUGGAUGUAUCCCUUCGAGAGUUACUUCGUGCAUUUAAAUGGCGUUGAAAAAGUGUACGAUCAGUUUGGGAAGUGGUUUAACGAUUAUGUUUACAAUACAGAAUAUGGUUACCAUGACCAACUUUUAAAGGACAUAUCAUGGGGACCCGGUCUGGUCUAUUCUAUGGACAAAUAUGUGGUAAAUGGUUUCAAAUUUACUACCGAAGAACGAUCUAAGCAUAUGAAAACUAACAACAGCGGGGUUUGGGUUAAAGGUGGGGAUGGGAACCAAGCGGGGGUCGAUUAUUAUGGUGUAAUUAAGGAGAUCCUAGAACUGGAGUACUCUGGUGGUGGCAAAAAAAGUAUUGUACUUUUUCGGUGCAAGUGGUUUGAUCCAACUGCAAAUAGAGGUACAAGGGUACUCAAGCAGUAUAACAUCAUAGAAGUAAACCACACGAGGGAGUAUGCGGCUUAUGAUCCUUUCAUUAUUGCACAAAAUGUUAGACAGGUGUACUAUGCUCCUUAUCCCUUGCGUCCAGAUAAGUCUGCUUGGUGGGUGGUAAUUAAAGUCAAGCCUGUGGGUCGAGUGGAAGUGGAGAAUGUGUUACCAGUUGCGUUCCAGGCUGACGACAUAUCAAUUGUUCACCAAACAGUUGACAAUGAGUUAGAAGAUGAUUUAGAGCAUGCAGAACACAUAUUAGAAGAAAUAAAUACAGAAGAAAUUAAUGCAGAGGUGAAUGAAUGUGAUAAUGAAGACGAAACGACUGAUGAGGAAGAAUGGUCCGAAGAGGGAGAUGGGGAUGAGGAUUAA